AUGUAUCGAAUUUUAAAAUCAUUUAUACUAUUAUCAUUAGUAAAUAUGUCUUUAUCACAAAAGAUUGGUAAAUUAACACCAGAAGUACAUCCUCCAAUGACAUUCCAAAAAUGCUCAGAAGGUGGCUCAUGUGAAACAAUUCAAGGUGAGGUUGUAGUUGAUGCAAAUUGGAGAUGGGUACACUCUGCACAAGGUCAAAACUGUUACACUGGUAAUACUUGGAAUCCAACCAUUUGUCCAGAUGAUGAAACAUGUGCUGAAAACUGUUAUUUGGAUGGUGCAAACUAUGAAAGUGUCUAUGGUGUUACCACUAGCGAAGAUUCAGUUCGUUUGAAUUUCGUUACUCAAAGUCAAGGUAAAAACAUUGGUUCUCGUUUAUUCCUCAUGUCAAAUGAAUCAAAUUACCAAUUAUUCCAUGUACUUGGUCAAGAAUUCACUUUUGAUGUUGAUGUUUCCAAUCUCGAUUGUGGUCUCAAUGGUGCACUCUACUUAGUCUCAAUGGAUAGCGAUGGUGGUUCUGCUCGUUUCCCAACAAAUGAAGCCGGUGCUAAAUAUGGUACUGGUUAUUGUGAUGCCCAAUGUCCAAGAGAUCUUAAAUUUAUUAGUGGUUCUGCAAAUGUUGAUGGUUGGAUUCCAUCAACUAAUAAUCCAAAUACUGGAUAUGGUAAUCUUGGUUCAUGUUGCGCUGAAAUGGAUCUUUGGGAAGCAAACAAUAUGGCAACUGCUGUAACUCCACAUCCAUGUGAUACUUCAAGCCAAAGCGUAUGUAAGAGUGAUUCAUGUGGUGGUGCUGCUUCUUCAAAUAGAUAUGGUGGUAUUUGCGAUCCAGAUGGUUGUGAUUACAAUCCAUACCGUAUGGGUAACACCAGUUUCUUUGGUCCAAACAAAAUGAUUGAUACCAACUCUGUAAUUACUGUUGUAACUCAAUUCAUUACUGACGAUGGUUCAUCCGAUGGCAAAUUAACCUCAAUCAAGAGAUUGUAUGUACAAGAUGGUAACGUUAUCUCUCAAUCAGUAUCAACCAUUGAUGGUGUCGAAGGUAAUGAAGUCAAUGAAGAAUUUUGUACUAACCAAAAGAAAGUAUUUGGUGAUGAAGAUUCCUUCACUAAACAUGGUGGUCUUGCUAAAAUGGGUGAAGCCUUAAAGGAUGGUAUGGUUCUUGUUCUUAGUCUUUGGGAUGAUUACCAAGCCAACAUGUUAUGGCUCGAUAGUUCAUAUCCAACAACUUCAUCUCCAACAGAUCCAGGUGUUGCUCGUGGAUCUUGUCCAACUACCUCUGGUGUUCCAUCUAAAGUUGAACAAAAUUAUCCAAAUGCAUACGUUGUCUACUCUAAUAUUAAAGUCGGUCCAAUCGAUUCAACAUAUAAAAAAUAA